AUGCCCAAGUUUGGUGUCCCUGGAGUGAAGGCAGAAGGUCCAGAGGUGGACGUGACCCUCCCUGACGUCGAUGUCUCUGUCUCAGGCCCCAAAGUUGACGUUUCCCUUCCUGACGUGGACCUUGAAGGGCCUGAGGGGAAGCUGAAGGGCCCCAAGCUGAAGAUGCCUGAGAUGCAGUUCAAUGUCCCCAAGAUCUCCAUGCCUGACAUCGACCUCAACCUCAAGGGCCCCAAGGUCAAGGGGGACAUCGAUGCUUCUCUUCCCAAAGUCGAGGGAGAGCUGAAAGGGCCCAAGUUGGACCUCAAAUCUCCAGAGCUUGAGCUUGAAGGCCCCAAAGUUGACCUGGAAGGCAAAGGUAAAAAAUCCAGGUUUAAACUCCCCAAAUUUGGCUUUUCUAGCCCCAAAGUUCAAAGUCCUGAGGUGGAUGUGAAGCUGAAGAAACCGGAGGUGGAGGGGUCAGGGCCGAAGGUUGAGCUUCAAGCUCCAGAUGUUGAUCUCCAGGCCAAAUCCAAAGGCUCCAAGUUCAAAAUGCCUUUCCUGGGAAUCUCCUCCCCCAAAAUGUCGAUGCCUGACGUGGAGCUGAACCUCAAGGGGCACAAGAUGAAAGGGGAGUUGGACCUGUCCAGCCCCAGGCUGGAAGGGGAGCUGAAGGGGCCUGAGCUGGACAUCAAGGGCCCCAAGGUGGACAUUGAGGCCCCUGACGUGGACAUCCACGGCCCAGAGGGGAAGGUCAAGUUCCCCAAGUUCAAGAUGCCCAAGUUUGGUGUCCCUGGAGUGAAGGCAGAAGGUCCAGAGGUGGAUGUGACCCUGCCCAAAGGAGAUGUUGAUGUUUCCCUCCCCAAGGUGGACGUUGAGGUGCCAAGUGUGGACAUUGAGGGCCCAGAGGGGAAAAUCGACCUGCCAUCAGCAGAUCUGGACAUCUCCGGGCCCAAAGUGAACAUUGAGGGUCCAGAGUUGGACAUUGAGGGGCCUGAGGGGAAGAUUAAAGGCCCCAAAUUCAAGAUGCCUGAGAUGAACAUCAAAGCCCCCAAGAUCUCCAUGCCUGACAUCGACCUCAACCUGAAGGGCCCCAAGGUCAAGGGGGACGUGGAUGUGAACCUGCCCCAGGUGGACCUGAAAGGCCCCGAAGUGGACGUGGAAACUCCUGAGCUCGACAUGGAAGGGCCCAAAGGGAAGAUCAAAGGGCCCAAAUUUAAGAUGCCUGAGAUGAACAUCAAAGCUCCAAACCUCUCCAUGCCCGACCUGGACUGGAACCUCAAAGGUCCCAAGGGGAAGGGAGGGAUGGACAUGGACCUGUCCGGGCCAAAACUCGAGGGGGACCUGAGUGUGCCUGAUGUCCACCUGAAAGGGCCCAAAGUGGACAUUGAGGGGCCAGAGAUGGACAUUGAAGG